AUGCCGGUGCCCAAGUCGACCGUCUUUUGGGGCUUCCUGGUCUUGUCCUUGGAGUUCUGCGCGGGCGAGCCGGGCGAGAAGGCGCCCACGGAGGGCGUCCCCCUGGUGACAGAGACGGAGGACCAGGGCUGCCCGGUGUGUCUGUGGCGCAAGCACAGCAAAGAGAUGAGGCUGGAGAGCAUCAAGUCGCAGAUCCUCAGCAAGCUGAGGCUCAAAGAGGCGCCCAACAUCACCCGCGAGGUGGUGAACCAGCUGCUGCCCAAAGCCCCGCCGCUGCAGCAGAUCCUGGACUUGCACGACUUCCAGGGGGACUCCUUCCAGCACGACGACUACCUGGAAGAGGACGAGUACCACGCCACCACCGAGACUGUCAUCAGCAUGGCUCAAGAAACUCGGCAGAAACCGCUCCCAGAGCAGCAGCAGCAGCAGCAACAGCAGCAGCAGCGCUGGCGUCGCCAGGGACCUCCAAAUCAAAGGGAAUGG